CUUCUUAAAUGCUCCAACCACAGCUAACCCAAGUCCAUUUAUUCACUUAACAGCUCCCUCACUCACUCCAUAGUUCACAUUCAUAAUUUGUCUUGCACAAUGUUUUAUCACUCUGGAUUACUUUUGCUUUUGUUGGAUACGUCUAUGAUCGGUGGUCAAACGACGCAAGAUAACAGAAAAGCAUCUGAAGAUGAGAGUAUCAGAGUCAAAAAUGAAAGUGCACAGCAAGAACUGGACAAAACUUUUAUAACAGAGGGACCCAACACCACGUAUGAGGACAGUGCGCACUACGCUCACUGUCACGAGGAGACGCUGAAGCAGUAUGGUAGACUGUGCUGGGAGGCGUUCAAUGACAGCAUGAGCAAACUGGGGAAGGAGGACUGGUGCAAUAUGGAGAUGGUGAUAAGAAACUACCACAAGUUAGAUGAGUGUAUGGAGUAUAUAUGCAGUAUGUUAGGGUGCUUCUACCCUAAUCGUGUGAUGGAGCAGCUGUUCGUGGACAUACACCAGCAGUUCUUCACUCAUUGUAACAAUGAAGAGGAUUUACCCGACGCCCCAGCUGGAGUCGUGCUCGUAUCCACACUGCUUCCUAUCCUCCUCAUACCCUUCAUAGUGUACAUCGUGGUCUGGAAGAGUAGUUUAAGAGACUGACCGCUUUUGCAUUAAAUUGAUAGUUUGCUUCAAAAAUUUAAAUCCUGUCAUCGUUUACUCACACUCGUGUCUGAAACCUGCAUGAUGAAACCUUUCAUUCUUCUAAAGGAGAUAGUUUGAAGUUGUUUGUUUGGAUGUUUUUGUGUGUGUUUUGCAGAAAUGAGACUUGAAAUGAAACGAGGGUGAGUAAAAGAUGAUCCAGUUUUUAGUUUUUGGGCGAACGAUUGCUUUUAAAGUAAACUCUGAAUGUAUAAAGUUCAUGUGGUUCACAACGACGCUAUUACUGUAAAUAAAACACAUGCAGUGGGUGAUUUUUCAACGCACUCAAAACUCA